GAAACACGUGGUCCUAAAUAUAAGUUGAAGAUGAAGACUGAAUUUUGAAAUAAAAUUAAUUUAUAAACCACAUAUCAACCUAAAAGUUACACACUGAAGUAAAUUGGAAACCUAAUAGGAAGUACCGCAUAUCAUGUCAGGCGACAAGAUUUGCAAUUACGACCACAAAAAUGAAGAGGAGGAUUUGGCUUGUGCGAUGGAAUCAGUUGGUAUCAGUAAAAGAAAGGGUAGAGGACAAGUAACUUCGGGAUUGACACACGAAUGUGGGGUUUUUGGAGCGAUAGGAUGCGGCGAAUGGCCUACCACUUUGGAAAUCUCUCAGAUUAUUUGCUGGGGUCUAGUUGCUCUGCAACACAGAGGUCAGGAAUCUGCCGGUAUUGUAACAAGCGAAGGAAAAUGCUCCAAAUCUUUCAAUGUCGUAAAGGGCAUGGGAAUGAUUAGCAAUAUAUUUAACGAUGAAGCUAUUCGAAAAUUAAAAGGCAGCAUAGGCAUCGGACACACUAGAUACUCCACUAGCGCUGCCUCUGAGGAAGUCAACUGUCAACCUUUUGUUGUACACACCGCUCAUGGGGCGUUGGCCGUGGCACACAAUGGGGAAUUGGUGAAUUGUGACAGUUUAAGGCGACAGGUGUUACAACAUGGAGUGGGGCUUUCUACGCAUUCAGAUAGUGAACUUAUUACACAAGCUUUAUGUUUAAAUCCGCCAGAUGGUGAAAUCAAUGGUGAACCAGAUUGGCCCGCAAGAAUUAAGCAUUUCAUGCAGCUAGCACCAUUGAGCUACUCGUUAGUGAUUAUGUUAAAAAAUAAAAUAUAUGCCAUUAGGGAUCCGUAUGGAAACAGACCUCUGUGUUUAGGAAAAAUCCUGCCGUUUAAUGAACCUCUGUCUGGCGACUGCGACGAAAGUAGGGAGGCUGAGGGCUGGGUAGUAUCGUCUGAAUCGUGCGGUUUUCUAUCUAUCGGCGCCCAAUAUGUCCGAGAAGUAUUCCCUGGAGAAAUUAUAGAGAUGACACGUCACGGUAUCCGCACAAUUGAUAUUGUUUUGAGGCCUGACCAUAAGUUACAAGCUUUCUGUAUAUUUGAGUAUGUUUAUUUCGCUAGAACCGACAGUAUUUUCGAGGGACAGAUGGUGUAUGCUGUAAGAAUGCAGUGUGGAAGGCAGUUGGCUAUAGAACACCCCGUCGAAGCUGAUAUAGUCAGUUCCGUGCCGGAGUCUGGAAAUGCUGCAGCACAUGGUUUCUCUAGACAGAGCGGAAUAUCUUUUGCAGAAGUGUUAUGCAAAAAUCGAUAUGUUGGCAGAUCUUUUAUUCAACCAAGCAAUCGUCUAAGACAACUUAGUGUGGCGAAAAAAUUUGGUGCUUUGGCAGGCAACGUUAAAGGCAAAAGGGUAAUACUAAUAGAUGAUUCCAUAGUGAGAGGUAAUACCAUCGGUCCAAUCAUAAAACUGUUGCGAAAUGCUGGCGCUACGGAGGUUCAUAUAAGGGUGGCCAGCCCUCCGCUGCUUUAUCCUUGUUAUAUGGGGAUCAAUAUCCCUACGAGGGAGGAACUUAUUGCAAAUAAGUUGAAUGCGAAGGAGCUGGCAAAACACGUUGGAGCAAACAGUUUGGAGUAUCUCAGCCUUGAAGGCCUAAUAAAAGCUGUAAGGUCGGACUUGAAAUCGAAGAGCUCACACAAAAUUGGCCACUGCACUGCCUGUCUUUCGGGUAUUUACCCGGGAGGCAUACCGAAUAAGGAUACGGAUUUAGAUUGGUAGGUUCCUUUAAGUUAUGUAAAGUUAAGGCUACAAAAAUAUAUUUAUUGAUAAAAUGUGAUAGAAACAUAUAUUGUACAAAGCAGAUAUUAUGUUUAAGGAUCUAUUUUUUUUAUACACGAAUAAAAAAAAAACACUUUUUAAUACUCGUUAAUAAGAGGUUUAUAUUUGUCCAAUGUAAAAUUUAUUUUGUUAAGGUUGUAUUUUUUAAAUAAACUGAAAAACCAUAAAA